CUCACAGACCCGCGGUAGCUGGCCCGGUGGGCUCGCGGGGAGACGCGCGCACGCGCACACGACUUGGAGACGAGCUGGAGACAGCGAGGAGGAGUGUAAGAAGCAUCCGAGGCGGCGAUAGAGGAGGAGGUUGCUAUGGGAAUAUAUGACUACAUAAAAGGAAGUCUGUUCUGAUUAUUGUGAUACCUGAGAUGUAAGUACAGUGAAGAGUGGAACAGGAAAAAACUUUAGUGCCAACCUUAGUUACAAUGGCCACUGAUUCAGGGGAGCCAACUAGCACAGAAGAUUCUGAGAAACCUGAUGGAGUUUCUUUUGAAAACAGAGUUGCCCAGGUUGCUGUAACUUUGACUGUAGAAGGUAGACUAAAGGAAAAACCCAACACCUUCUCUGCUUCUUGGGAAACCACUGAAAGAAAGAGAUUUUUCCGAAAGAGUGUUGAGAUGACGGAAGAUGACAAAGUUGCUGAAUCUUCCCCCAGAGAUGUGAGAAUAAAAGCUGCAGCAAAUAUUUCAAGAGUAGAUAAACUUCCUACAAAUGUGCUAAGAGGUGGACAAGAAGUUAAAUAUGAGCAGUGUUCAAAGGCAACCUCAGAAUCCUCAAAAGAUUGCAUCAAGGAGAAAAAUGAAAAGGAAAUAGAAGAAGAAGCAGAAAUGAAGGCUGUAGCAACUUCCCCUAGUGGCAGGUUCCUGAAAUUUGAUAUAGAACUGGGAAGAGGAGCAUUUAAAACAGUCUAUAAAGGACUGGACACUGAAACAUGGGUUGAGGUUGCUUGGUGUGAGCUACAGGAUCGCAAGUUAACCAAAGCUGAGCAGCAAAGGUUCAAAGAAGAAGCAGAGAUGUUGAAAGGACUCCAGCAUCCCAAUAUAGUUCGAUUUUAUGAUUCCUGGGAGUCUAUAUUAAAAGGAAAGAAAUGUAUUGUAUUAGUGACUGAACUAAUGACAUCAGGAACCUUAAAGACGUACUUAAAACGAUUUAAAGUCAUGAAACCAAAAGUCUUAAGAAGCUGGUGCAGGCAAAUUUUAAAAGGAUUGCAGUUCUUGCAUACAAGGACUCCUCCUAUUAUUCAUCGGGAUCUGAAAUGCGACAACAUUUUCAUCACAGGACCCACUGGAUCUGUGAAGAUUGGUGAUCUGGGACUGGCAACCUUAAUGCGCACAUCAUUUGCUAAGAGUGUCAUUGGCACUCCUGAGUUUAUGGCUCCAGAGAUGUAUGAAGAGCACUAUGAUGAAUCUGUAGAUGUCUAUGCUUUUGGAAUGUGUAUGCUAGAAAUGGCUACUUCGGAGUAUCCAUAUUCUGAAUGCCAGAAUGCAGCUCAAAUAUACCGGAAAGUAACCAGUGGCAUAAAACCAGCCAGCUUCAAUAAAGUCACUGACCCUGAAGUCAAAGAAAUAAUUGAAGGAUGUAUUCGACAAAACAAAUCUGAAAGGUUAUCUAUCAGGGACCUACUAAACCACGCAUUUUUUGCUGAGGAUACAGGAUUGAGGGUGGAGUUAGCAGAAGAUGAUGAUUGCUCAAAUUCAUCCCUGGCUCUAAGACUCUGGGUUGAAGACCCUAAAAAAUUAAAAGGCAAACAUAAAGACAAUGAAGCUAUUGAAUUCAGUUUCAAUUUAGAAACAGAUACACCUGAGGAAGUAGCAUAUGAAAUGGUCAAGUCUGGAUUCUUCCAUGAAAGUGAUUCCAAAGCUGUUGCUAAGUCCAUUAGAGACCGUGUGACCCUGAUAAAAAAGACAAGGGAAAAGAAACCUGCUGGCUGCUUGGAGGAAUGCAGGGAUUCCCAGUGCAAGUCUCUGGGGAAUGUAUUCCCUCAGCACCAGGCUACAAUUUUGCUUCAUGCUCCUACUCAGCACACUGGAGCUGAAUGUGAAGAAACAGAAGUUGAUCAACAUGUUCGCCAACAGCUUCUACAGGGAAAGCCACAGCUACACUGCUCCUCUGUUGGAGGUGGCACUUUGCCUGAACCAGGAGCUGGAUCAGUUAUACAUUUAGAUUCUUCAAGUCAGCCCACUGUAAUCUAUUCUUCAAACCAGACAACUGGCUCGCAGGUGGUUUCUAGCAUCCCACAGGCUGACAUAAAUGUUCCUGGGCAAAUUUACUCCUCUCUUGACCUAGUAAGGCAUUGCCAGCAAGUUUCAGGGUUGCAGAAGCAGCCAAAUCUGUCUCAGCCCCAAAUUUUGCCUGUGGUUCAAGGUCAGUCCUCUGUUUUACCUGUACAUGCUCUUGGACCUACAGUUGUUUCACAGUCCCAUGUUUCUCCAUUAACUGUUGAGAAUGUCUCACAGAUAAAGCCUGUAUUCCAGCCAGUUGGAGCUGAACAACAAACAACUCUUCAAAAAGCAGAUUUAGUUAGAAGCUUAAAUCAAGAUGUAACAGCCAUGAAAGAAAAUACCAAUAACCUUGAUCACCCAAGUGGAAAUGGCAAACAGGAUCGGAUCAAACAGAGAAGAGCCUCCUGUCCCCGGCCAGAGAAAGGGACUAAAUUUCAGCUUACUGUCCUUCAGGUAUCAACCUCAGGAGACAACAUGGUGGAGUGUCAACUUGAAACACACAACAACAAAAUGGUCACUUUCAAGUUUGAUGUUGAUGGUGAUGUGCCUGAGGAUAUUGCAGACUAUAUGGUUGAAGAUAACUUUGUGCUAGAAAAUGAGAAAGAAAAAUUUGUAGAGGAAUUGAGAGCUAUUGUAGGUCAAGCCCAGGAAAUCCUUCAUGUUCAUUCUGCUGUGGAAAAAUCCAUUGGAGUUGACUCUGUUAUCUUGGAAUCCAACAUUAACCAAAUAGGAUCAUCUGAACAAGUACAGAUAAGUUCUGCAUCCACUCAAACCAGCAAUGAAUCUGCCCUGCAGUCAUCCCCAGUUGGUCGGUGGCGAUUCUGUAUCAAUCAAACAAUAAGAAAUCGUGAGGCUCAGUCUCCUCCUUCCCCUCAGCCUUCCAUGGCUAUGGUUCCUGGGUUACAUCCACUUCCUAGUUCAAGAAACACAAGUAAUAAGGAAAUAGCACAGGACACACUAUUCAGUAUAGAAAAUAAUUCAUGCCAGAGUGUACUUUUCACCUCCAAAUCAGAGCACAAGGAUGUAGUUGAUGGUAAGAUUUCUGAAUGUGCUAGUGUAGAAACUGAACAGCCAACUAUACUUUAUCAAGUGGAAGAUGACAGGCAGAUAAUGGCACCAGCUACUAAUAAUUACAAUUAUUCUGCUACUUUGGUAUGUCCAAUUCCAGUUGAAUGUGAGGGACUCACCAGCCAAGCAGGCAUGUUUGUACCUGCAUAUCCAUGCCAGCAAGCUGCCACUCUGGCUGAUGUGCUUAUGACCCAUCCUGGUGAAUCCAUUCAGAUUGGUGAUAAUACUGUUCUGACUUCAGUAUUUGUAUUUGAUCAAACGCCUCAAUCCCUAUCAGUACAGCAGCGAGCUGUGGAUGCAGAGUUUAUUUCCCAAGAAGGAGAAACCACAGUGAACACUGAAACAAGUUCUCCUAAGACAGUCAUUGCCACUCAGACUCCUGGCCUUGAACCCACUACACUUUUACCUGCUACUGUUCUGGAAUCAGAUGGUGAACGACCUCCAAAAAUGGAGUUUACAGAUAACCGAAUUAAAACUUUGGAUGAAAAAUUAAGAAACUUGCUCUAUCAGGAGCACAGCAUUUCUAACAUCUAUCCUGAGAGUCAGAAGGAUACUCAAAGCAUAGACUCUCCAUUCUCUUCCUCUGCUGAAGAUAUGCUGUCCUAUCCAAUGCCAGAAGUCAUAGCCAUCAGUCAUUGUGGAAUUCAAGAUAGCCCUGUACAAUCUCCAAAUUUCCAACAGCCAGGCUCUAAGAUUCUGUCUAAUGUGGCUGCAAGUCAGCCUGCUAAUAUAUCAGUGUUCAAAAGAGACUUGAAUGUGAUAACUUCUGUACCCAGCGAGUUAUGUUUACAUGAGAUGUCCCCAGAUGCUUCACUUCCAGGGGGUCCAGAAGCCUAUCCCGCUGCUGUGUCAAGUGAUGGAACCAUUCAUCUGCAGACAGGAGGUGGAUAUUUUGGCCUAAGCUUUACUUGUCCUAGUCUCAAAAAUCCUAUUAGCAAGAAAUCCUGGACUCGCAAAUUAAAAAGCUGGGCAUACAGGCUACGGCAGUCAACCAGCUUUUUCAAGAGAUCAAAAGUCCGUCAAGUGGAAACAGAAGAUAAAAGAGCAAUCACUCCUGAUCCCGCUCACCUGACACGAGAGUCCUCAUCUGAUACUAGGGCUUUGAGUAGAUGUAAAGUGAUGAGUGGAUCAUUUCAGCGGGGUCGGUUCCAGGUGAUUACAGUUCCUCAGCAGCAGUCAAUGAAAGUAACAUCUUUUGGAGUAGAACAUAGACCAGUAUUCGAGGAAACAGCAAACCAGUCUAGUGAACAAGAUAAAGCCUUUGCUGAAGCUGCAACAUCUCAGUUGGUCGAAGUGGAACCUGCCAUGCACAAUCCUAAAGCUUCAGUUUCUUGUUGGAAAUUACGAACUCUUUAUGAAACUUUUAAAGAAGAUAAAGGAGAUCCUGAACAAGGUGACAUCUUCUUAUCUUGUGAGACCAGUAUAUCUUCAAUGACUACAGAAAAGAAAUUGGAAGGAACUUCAACCACAGGAAGUAGUGGAGCUGAACUGUUAGAUAAAGAAAAAGAGGAACUAACUCCUGGGAAACAGCCCCAUUCUGAUAAUGACUUUUCAGCCACUCUUGCUGGUCAUGGAAAGUCAGUGACAAAAACUGGUCCAGAGAGCGAUCAGUGUUUACCACUCCAUGAAGAACAAGCAUAUGCUCAAGUACAGAGUUCACUCUUCUAUUCUCCAUCUUCCCCAAUGAGCAGUGAUGAUGAAUCAGAAAUUGAGGAUGAGGACUUGAAAGUGGAGCUUCAAAGAUUACGAGAAAAACACAUUCAAGAAGUGGUAAAUCUUCAAACCCAGCAGAAUAAAGAGCUACAGGAACUCUAUGAACGCCUUCGAUCAAUUAAAGAUAGCAAAGCCCAAUCUUCAGAGAUUCCUUUGUCUCCUGCAUCACCACGUCGACCAAGAUCUUUCAAAAGUAAACUUCGCAGCCGCCCCCAGUCCUUGACACAUGCGGACAGUGUCACUGUUGUAAAAGAUUCACUGUGUGUAGGGAGUAAUACAGCCUCAUGCCAGCAAUCACCAGCCAGUAAAAAAGGGAUGUUCACAGAUGACUUACACAAGCUGGUGGAUGACUGGACAAAGGAAACAGUAGGAAAUUUUCCUAGUAAGCCAAGUUUAAACCAACUUAAACAGAGUCAACAAAAAUUAGAGACAGAAAACUGGAACAAGGUAUGCGAAACGACUCCAUCUACUAUGGGCUACACAUCAACAUGGAUUUCUUCUCUCUCCCAAAUCCGUGGAGCUGUCCCAACUUCCUUGCCACAAGGACUCCCGCUCCCUUCAUUUCCUGGGCCAUUAUCAUCAUAUGGAAUGCCCCACGUUUGCCAGUAUAAUGCUGUAGGGGGCACAGGGUAUCCGGUACAGUGGGUAGGAAUUUCAGGAACAACACAGCAGUCGGUAGUGAUUCCUACUCAAUCUGGGGGACUGUUCCAGCCUGGGAUGAAUUUGCAGGCAUUUCCAGCUUCACCAGUGCAGAAUCCAGCUGCAAUCCCUCCUGGUCCUAAAUAAAUCAAAAUGGAUAAUGAAAUAAGGGGGAGAUUAUUUUCAGAGCACCUAAGAUACUAAACUUUUCUUCUUGGGUUCUGCCAUAUUUUCCCUCAUUUAAGUCUACUUUCAGCUGUACUUUCUGUGUUCCAAUGUGGUAUUUGAUACAGCUCAUCAUUCUGUAGAAUUGUGCAGUUUGCAUAUAGAACACUGCACAUAGAAAUGUUUUUUCACUUCAAAACCUAUCCUCUUUGAUACUUGAUUUUUUAAAAAUACUGUUCAGAAUGCUUUAAUAAGCUCGGCUUGAGCAUUACCAUUUCCAGGACACUUUCCAUGUGUUGCUGAGAAGUGCCCCCCCACCUUAGUGCUGCUACUAGCAGUUGCAUACUUUCCUUUGAAGUGUGUAAAAAUUAGAUUGAUUUUCCCCAAAUGUGGAUGAAGUGAGACCCUCCUAAUAGCCAGAGUCUUGUGGGAUUCUUCACGUUUAUCCUGCGUUUACUUUUCACAGAAGGUGGUAGGUAAUUUGCUGCAGGAAAUGUUUUGGUGUAUAAAAUUAGUAUAAUUUUGUCAAUGAGUGCAGACCAUGAGUCCUUUUUAAUGUGAUUUUUCUUCCCGUCAUCACAGAAGUAGGAGUGAAGUUUUGUUUUGAGUGAGGCGGAGGGAAAGGAAAAAAUAAAAAAACAGAACUGUAACAGUUCCUUGAAUCUACAGAUACUAUAGCUGUUUUAGGGUUUCGGUUAAUAAUCCAAAGCAGCUACCUUUUCUUAAUGUGCACACUGCAUUGGUUUUGAGAAUCUGAGAGCCAUUGAUUUGGCUUGUAUUCUUUUGCAAGGAUAUAUUGCCGCUGAUAUAAUCUCAUUUAAAAUAAUCCUUGUAAUCCUAUCCAAGAGGAUUGAGAUUAGCAUGUUGGUCCAUUCUUCUAAAAUGAAAAGUACUUGACAUACUAGGUUUUUGUAGGUUUUUAAGACUUUUACAUGAAACACUGGCUUUACAGGGUUCUAAGAAGUGUGGGAUAUACACUGUCCUGCAGUGAGAUGGUAGACCCUAGAAGGAUAUUAUUUAAAUUGCCUUUAGACUUUUUUGAUGACAAUUUUGGUUGUUAUAAUUUCUUAUUAGUAUCUAUAGACUCUUAGACAAUUUUAGAUCUUAGAUAAGUUUGACAGCCUCUUGAGAAUUUCAGAGAGUUCACUGUCAAGUUGCACUUUACUGGGUUUUAUCCAGUUUUAGGAGGAAAUGUCAAAAUGUACACCUUUGGUUUUUAGGAAGGUUACCUAUAAUAACUUUGAAGGCUAGUCACAGGGUUACCUAAUGCUCAGUCUGUGAAACUCAAAUAGAAAUUUUUAAAUGGUAUACAUCAGCUUCUACGUAUACAUGUUCCAAUAACUUACCAUUCACGGAAGCUUUCAGGGGCAUUUCUGGUACAUAGUUUCCUAAUGAGGUAUUCUAUUGGUAAGCAUUCCAAAUUGUGCUCAACAUUUGUGUUAGUAAAUUUUCUUCUAUAUUCCUCUAAAAACUGUAUCCCUGUGGGCUUGCUGGGAAAUGAGGAAAACAUAAUGGGAGUACUUUUUUUCUUUGCACAGUAUACUUUUUGGAAAAUGUGUCUUAAAUUGCUUACCUAAAGAUGACAACCACCAUUUCAGAUUUGACACUAUUACUUGGGGGCAUUAAGGGUAGCUUUUUGUGAAUUGCUAUUGGGAAGAGCCAGUUUCUUUUCAUAAAACAUCCUGUUUUGGAUGGAUCCAGAUCUUAUGAACAGAUUGCUCAAAUUUCUUCGAUGGUAUUGGUUUGCAAGGUGAAGUGGUUUUUAGGAUGUUAGUGUAAUGCAGAUGCUUGCAUUGCAGUGUUUUUCACAUGUGCAAACACAAUCCUCCUAAAACCCAUAGUUCUUUAAAACUGUUCCUGAUUCAUUUUGAGUUGGUUUUGUGUAAUUAUAUUGGGAUUUACAACCUAUAAAGUAAAAAUCCUACAAGUUUUAAGACUAUAUUUUCUCUAGUUACAAUCAUUUUAAACAGUGUACCCCAGGAUCAAAAGCUCCAUGGAUGACAUGUACAAUUCCAUUUGUUAAUGGCUGCACUAUAUAAUAUGUCCUGUGUUUUGUUACCAUCUCAGUUUUAGAAAUAAUUCAUCAUUCUUGUUUGCCUGCAGAUUUUUGCAGUGCCUUGUAAUAUUUAGAAUCUUUUCAGGUUUUGCUGGAAAGAAAAAUAGUCUUCUAAAGUUUGAAGAUGGUGAAUAGUGUACUGCUGUCUCCAUGCUGACUGCAGUAGCUGGAUUAACAUAUGUUAUAUAUACAUUAUGUAUAUGUAAUGUGUGUAAGUUAAAGCGUACAGAAAAAAAUGAGUGUGCAGAAAGAAAACGAUGUUAUUUGUUUUACUGUGGAGUUUUCUUUACUUUUCCUCAUUACUUAAAUGUUUGAUCCAGACUAUAGUCGCUUUGGCUGUAAAUAUUGGUUAGUUUUCUAUCUGGGGGUUUUGUAUUUCAUAAUUUUACUAAGUCCUAGAAUAGUGCUGUUUUCAUCCUUACCUGACGUACUUUUCCUCCCCAUAAAUACUUACUUAACAAAGAGCGUAGUGUAUAAAAUGGGCUUUCUGUUCAUUUCCAAAAAUCACAGAAACCUAUCAUUUUCAUUUUCUUUCUUGUGCUCACAAAGUUUACUUGAAAGAUAGUCUCUAUGUCCAGCCACUCUGUUUACUUCUCACAGUGCAAGUCUCACAAGCAGUGCUGUAUCUUCGUAUGGCACAAUGUAAGCAUUUUGCCAUGAAGUCCCUACUGCUUUGUCUGUGAAGGUGGCUAUAACACCCUGACACUAUGAAAUCAAAACUAGUCUAAAUCCAGUAAAAAUAACCCUAUAUAGAUUUGGAGGGUCUUUAAUCUCUAUUUAAUUUGCUGUAAUAUGACAAAUAUCCUUUCUGUUUUUCAUCUCUUCCUGAUAUCAAGUGUGAAUUUAAUAUUUUAACAGGAAAACUGUGAAAGUUUAAAAGGCAUUUCCUCUGUGAUUUUUGGAAUGACUGUAGAGUGUUUUCUUCAAUACAAUGUGAUGUUAUCAUCUAAAAACCCAAGAUUUAAUUCCAGUCCAGUUGCUUUUGUUUAUCUACCUCGUUUUCAGUGCUGUUUUAGAUGCACAAGUAAGCAUUGCCUUGUGAAACUUGCUUUUUUGCCUUGAUUCUCUGCAUUCUUUUAGAUUAUCAGUCAGGCUUACCUUUUUUGUCCUGGCACUAACCAUGCAUUUGGGAUGAGAAUAACCAUUAUUAUGCCACCAAUUUGUGUUGAUGAGAGCCAUGUGCCUAUGUGUAAUAAAUAACCUUACAGGAUUUGGGGAUGGAGAGCUGAGAAAUAAAUCAAAUUGAUGGCAAUAUAAAACUUAGUUGUAGGAGUUAGUUUUAAAGUAAGAAAAUGGUUAACUUAAGUGACUGUCCCAGUGCCUGCAGCUUUGCCUUUAUUACUGGAGAUGGAUUUCUCAUCUCUGCCUAAAGGGCUAUGGGUUGAAAUUGCUUUAACUACCACAGCAAAAUAGUUAACCUCCUAUAGCAGCGACCUGCCAUUCAAAAUAUUAGCAUACUGCUAGGUAUUUGCAGUCACAUUAUCCUAAAAUGGCAGAAUGCGUUUCAUUUGAACUGUAGUUGGUGGUAAGGAUUUAGAUAAUUGUUUAUUCAAUCUCUGUAGUUUAUGGAGGCUUUGACUCUCUUUGUUGUAUUUUCUAAGCAGUAAAAAUGAUGCAUUUCUUUUUCCCCCAAAAAAAAAUUCAGCAAAUUUUUAUGACUGGAUGUUCCUUGUUUCACAUGUACUGUCAUCAGUUUUCAUUUAUAAGUACAUUCCUGAGGUAUAUUUGCCAUCAAUUUGGAAUUCAGUUACCUCAUGUUCUGUUUGAUUAAGAAAAACGUGAGCCUUCUGAGGUGGUAUGCAAGCUAUUUUCUAAAACACAUUCUUCAUUUUUUAUAUCUGUAGUUUAUCGGACACUUAUUUUCCCUCCCUUUAUUUAGGAGACAUACUAGAAAAGGUUUGCAGAUAUAGAAAAGGCUUUUGGUUCCGCAAAUAAAAUUCUAGGGUUAAAAUUUAAAAUUCUAGUCCAGGUUAUAAAAUGAAAACAUUCAAACAUGCUAAAAAUCCUUUGAAGUAAAUUUAGUAUGCAAUUUUUAUUGAGCCAUGCUUUCAGGUCACCCUGGGAAGUAGUCUCUUUUUUUGUGAUGGAGGAACACCGAUCAGGGACCUUAACAGGCAACAUGUGAAUAAGCCCAAAGUAGUAAGCAGGUUAAAGUUCUUUUCAGCUGAGAUAGCUGAAAGACUGUAUAGCUCAACAGCUCCAAUUCUGGAAGGUUUUCUGUUAAAAGAACACAGACUAUUUAAAAACUAAAAGUCAGGCAAGAAGGAAAGAGAGAAACUAAGCCCUGAGGGGAAAAAGUGCUAAAAUGUGUGCAUGUGGUCCUUCUAGUUUUUUUUUAAGUUGUAUUACUUUUUCAAUAUAAUUUAAGAUUUAAGGUUGAAUUUGUAGUCCAGAACCCUCAGAAGAUCCAGUGACUAAUCAGAAGGUGCAGUUGAAGGUCUGUCAUGCUCAAUCACUUCAAGCUGUAAUUUGUUUAAUAUGAAUAUUAAGCAUGUAGACCUAGUGCAGCAUGGGAGCCACUCAGGAAGUUUAUGCAAUUAAUAAACUUUCAUGCAUAAUUUACCAUAAAGUAUGCAGAAUUUCAGCCACUUCUCAAUACUUAAUGUUUAGUUGUAUAUGUGAACUUUUCUUUCUUAAUUGGGGAAUGUAGCAUUAUAUAGAAUGUUGUUAAACAAUUUGAAUCCUUUUUGACAUUAACGUUUUUUCUUUUUCUUUUGUAAACCAAGUGGUCUAUCUUUUGGCAGUUGUCUGGUUUUGAUUCUUCUUUGAAACUGUGAUUUUUAUUUCAUUAGUACCCAACUGUUGUUAAGUAUUUUGUUUCCUGAAAAUUUUGUUUUAAAACAAAAAAAAAUAAAGGCUGUGUUAAAUGAG